AUGGGUGAUGUUGAAGGUUCUCCAGGAAGCUCAAUGCAUGGAGUGACUGGAAGAGAACAAACCUUUGCAUUCUCUGUAGCUUCCCCGAUCGUCCCAACUGACACCACGGCUAAAUUUGCAUUACCGGUCGACUCGGAGCAUAAAGCUAAGGUUUUCAGGAUAUGGUCUCUAGCCAACCCCCACAUGAGAACCUUCCACCUUUCUUGGGUUUCCUUCUUCACAUGCUUUGUGUCCACCUUCGCAGCCGCCCCUCUCGUCCCCAUCAUUCGCGACAACCUCAACCUGACGAAAGUCGACAUCGGGAACGCUGGAGUUACAUCUGUUUCUGGGAGUAUCUUCUCUCGUCUUGUGAUGGGGGCUGUGUGUGACCUUCUUGGACCACGCUAUGGAUGUGCGUUUUUGAUAAUGUUGUCGGCUCCGACGGUGUUUUGUAUGUCGUUUGUGUCGGAUGCUGCUGGUUACAUAGCGGUUAGAUUCAUGAUAGGGUUUUCGCUAGCGACGUUUGUGUCGUGUCAGUAUUGGAUGAGUACAAUGUUUAAUAGUCAGAUAAUAGGGCUUGUGAACGGGACAGCAGCUGGGUGGGGUAAUAUGGGAGGAGGAGCAACUCAAUUAAUAAUGCCAUUGUUGUAUGAAGUUAUUCAGAGAGCUGGUGCUACUCCUUUUACUGCUUGGAGGAUCGCUUUCUUCAUUCCUGGUUUCCUUCAUGUUCUUAUGGGCAUUUUGGUUUUGACUCUUGGUCAAGACUUGCCUGAUGGUAACCUUGCUAGUCUUCAGAAGAAGGGAAACGUUGCCAAAGACAAAUUCUCCAAUGUCUUGUGGUAUGCUGUGACCAAUUAUCGAACUUGGAUCUUCGUCCUCCUCUAUGGCUACUCCAUGGGGGUCGAGCUUUCCACCGAUAACGUCAUUGCCGAAUAUUUCUACGAUAGGUUCGAUCUAAAGCUUCACACAGCGGGAAUCAUUGCAGCAACAUUCGGGAUGGCGAAUCUAGUGGCUAGACCGUUUGGAGGGUAUGCGUCUGACGUAGCAGCGCGAUACUUUGGGAUGAGAGGAAGGUUGUGGGCACUAUGGAUCCUACAAACAUUUGGGGGAGUGUUUUGCAUGUGGCUGGGUAAAGCAACCAAGUUGCCAAUAGCAAUAGCGGCAAUGAUAUUGUUCUCAAUAGGAGCACAAGCAGCAUGUGGAGCAACAUUUGGUAUAAUUCCAUUCAUAUCAAGGAGAUCUCUGGGAAUAAUAUCAGGACUAACAGGAGCUGGUGGAAACUUUGGAAGUGGUUUAACACAACUAGUAUUCUUCUCAACAACAAAAUACUCAACUGACACAGGAUUGUUUUUGAUGGGAAUAAUGAUUGUUUGUUGCACUCUUCCAGUAACUUUGGUUCAUUUCCCUCAAUGGGGAAGCAUGUUUCUACCACCAACUAAACAUGUUGAAAAAUCAACUGAAGAAUUUUAUUAUGGUUCUGAAUGGACUGAGGAUGAAAAGAAGAAAGGUUUGCAUCAACAAAGUAUUAAGUUUGCUGAGAACAGCAGAUCUGAACGUGGUAGACGUGUUGCUUCAGCUCCAACUCCACCAAAUACAACUCCUUCUCGUGUUU